GUAUCGAAUUUUAAAACAUCGAAAGUAUUUUUGUAAAUCACAAACUAUCGAUAUAUCGAUAGUAUCGUCGAUAUUUUUCCAACUCUGGGGAACAAUAAACGAAAAUGUCUGGAAAUACUGAUCCAAGAGAUAGCGAUGAUGAAUUCCAUGAUGCGCUUGCUGAUGUACCAAAAAGUAAAGGUGCAAGACUACAGUUUGAAGACGCCCAUGAAAUGGACAGCGCCAGUUGUAAUUCUUCACCACUUACAACCAAUGAGCAAAUUGAGGAGAUAACGCGCCAGCAGGCCGAUCUUAAACUGCCAGAUGAAACUGAAGAUAAUGAUGAGGACAAUAAAAGCGUCGACGAGGCAUCCAAACUUUUCACAGAUGAUAUUGACGUGGAAGAGCUUCGAGAACGAGAAAGGACUAUGAGCUCCGAAGAGCUGCAACAAAACAAAGAACAGUCAGAUCGUAUGAAGUUGGAGGGAAAUGAGCUGUUCAAAGCAGAAGAACCACUACGUGCAAUCGAAAUUUACACUAGUGCUCUGCACAUUUGUCCGACAUCUUGUACCAAAGAGCGCGCAAUAUUGUAUUGCAAUCGUGCGGCAGCCAAAAUAAAGUUGGAUUCCAAAAAGUCUGCUAUAGAUGACUGUUCAAAAGCAAUUGAACUUUGGCCUGGUUACGUACGUGCAUUAAUGAGGCGAGCAAAGCUCUGUGAGCAGGAGGAUCGUUUGGAAGAUGCGUUGGCUGACUAUAAGCGAGUGUGUGAAUUGGAGCCAAACCAAAGAGAGGCGCAAGAAGCUGUGGCACAUCUACCGGCACAAAUUAAUGAACGCAAUGAGCGUUUGAAAACAGAAAUGAUGUCUAAAUUAAAGGAUCUUGGUAAUAUGUUCCUUAAGCCAUUCGGUCUAUCCACAGACAACUUUCAAAUGCAGCAGGAUCCUUCGACAGGUUCUUACUCAGUAAAUUUUCAACAAAAUCCUAGGUAGUCAACCAGAGAGUCUGGAAUGUGAUCCAAAGUAUCAGCUACCAUUUGCAAUUGUAAUUUUUGUAUGUAUAUUAGCUAUUUAAGUAAAUAUCCGUUAAAAUAAAUGUGUGAUUUAAAAAGGCUAAACAAUGGCUGUAAAUUAAAACGAGCCCUAACCG